AUGGAAUUAGAGAUUAACGAAAGGAACCGUUGGAAAGAUAUCACCAACAUUUUUGAAAGAGAUACCUAGUUCAAGGGAGAUUUGUUUGAGCCUAGUGAUGAGCUUUUAGAAAUGUAUCUUGAAUCAGCUAAAGUUUUAGUUGUCGGAGCUGGUGGUUUAGGUUGUGAAAUCUUGAAGGAUUUAGCCUUAUCUGGAGUCAAGGAUAUUCACGUUAUAGAUUUGGACACUAUUGAUCUUACUAAUUUAAAUAGAUAGUUCCUUUUUAGAAUGAAGGAUGUAGGUAAAUUCAAAAGUCAAGUUGCUGCUGACUUCAUCAUGAGAAGAGUUCCAGGAUGCAAGGUUACUGCCCACAUCGGAAAAAUUUAAGAAAAAGACGAUGAAUUCUAUAGACAAUUUUAAGUUAUUAUUGCAGGUUUGGAUAACGUAGAAGCUAGAAGAUGGUUGAAUUCUCUUGUCCAUGGCUUAUGCUAAUUUGAUGAAGACUAAAAAGUUAAAAUUGAAACAUAAAUCCGUUUAGUCGAUGGAGGUACUGAAGGCUUCAAGGGCUAAGCAAGACUUAUUGUUCCUUAUGAAACUGCUUGCUACGAAUGCACUUUAGGAACUUUACCUAAACAACAAAGUUACAACUCUUGUACUUUGGCUAGUACUCCUAGAAUUCCUGAGCAUUGCAUCAUGUAUGCUUAUCUUCAUGAAUGGGAUUUAGCUUUCCCUACUAGAAAGGCUGACAAGGACAGCAUGGAAGAUAUGACUUGGAUUUAUGAAACUGCUAAAAAGAGAGCUGAAUAAUUCAAUAUCAAGGGAGUCGACUAUAACAAGACUAUUGGUGUUGUCAAAAAUAUUAUCCCUGCUAUUGCCUCUACUAAUGCUAUUAUUGCCGCUUCUUGUGCUAAUGAAGCUUUCAAGGCUUUCUUGCAACAAUCUCUCAAUAUCAAAGAUUACUUCUAAUAUAUGGGAAAUACUGGAGUUUCUACAUUAACUUUCCCCUAUGAAAGAAACGAAAAAUGUAUUGUCUGCAGCAGCUUACCUCAAACAGUGAAAAUCAGCAGAAGCACUAAAUUAUAAGAAUUAUAAGAUUUACUUAAAGAAAAGCCUUUCGAAUUAACUGAUCCUAGCUUGACCGCUGAUAAUGGUUCUAUGUUAAUUCCUGUUGUCAUGAGAAACUAACAUGCUGAAAAACUACCUAUGAGUUUUACUUAACUUAUCGCUGAAGGUCAUUACUAAGAAGGUCUUAUUAUUCACGUAACUGACAAAAAGCUCUUUGCUCCUGCUAAAAUUCAAAUUCAUUUCACAGAUUGA